CCAGCAUUCCUUGCCCAAUAGAAACCAGUUGGGAGUGGGAAUGAACUAGAAGAAUAUACUUGAGCUCUUAAGAAUUAUGUCUUUGUUGUCAUAGGAGACAAAACAUUUCCAGUGUUUCAACGGUUUUAGUCAGAAGGAAUUUUGCAAUAUGUCGUUGAAGGUAAUUUUGCAAUACCUUUUGUGGAACAGCCUACAUGACUGUCUCAGCCAGAUAAAUCCCCAGCUUUUGUGAAUCAUUAACUACUUUCAGUAUCGUAUGUAAAUGGGCCCUUUUCAAUUUGAAUCCUUCAUCAGAUCAUGGUCAAAGUGUUUUUAGUAAGAGCUGAUGCCCAUGCUACAGAAUGGAUGUGAAUGAUUCCAGAGAAUGCCCAGGAAUAUCUAAUGCCUUGGAAAUGCAUUUCCUUACUACUAUGUAUGCUUUGGAGUUCAUAUUUGGCAUCAUUGGUAACAGCAUUGUUGUUUUCGGACACAUUUUCUGCUUCAAAACCUGGAAAAGUGGUAACAUCUAUUUGUUCAAUUUAACAUUGUCAGACUUUGCAUUCCUAUGCACACUUCCAAUACUGGUGUCAAGUUACUCCAAAGGAACAUGGACCUAUGACAUUACUUGGUGCCAAGCCAAUAGGUUCCUCCUUCAUGCCAAUUUAUACACAAGCAUCCUUUUCCUUUCCUUCAUCAGCUUUGACAGAUAUCUGCUCAUGAAGUAUCCUUUCAGAAAUCAUUUUCUGCAGAAGAGAAGCACGGCCACGGUUUUCUCAAUUGCUGUAUGGGUCCUGGUCAUACUGGAAUUGUCACCCAUGUUCAUCUUCAUUUCAGUUCAGAAUAAAGAGAAACAAACUUUGUGCACAGAUUAUGCAAGUUCAGGAAAGCCUGUUGAAAGCCUAAUUUACAGUAUGAUCUUGACAAUUAUUGGUUUUUUAGUUCCUCUGUAUGUCAUGUGGUUUUUUUAUAUGAAGACCCAUGCCUUCCUCAAAAGUCACCGUUCACAAUUCUCUGGUGGCCUGACAUAUGAAAAACCUCUCACCUUAGUCAUGAUGGCUGUGGCUGUCUUUUCAGUGCUCUUCACUCCCUACCACAUUAUGCGCAAUAUCAGGAUUGCCUCUCGAAUGGAAUUUUGGAAGCUUUCUCCCUGUGCAAUGGAUGCUAUCAAUGUUAUUUACAUUUUUACAAGGCCGGUUGCCUUUCUUAACAGUGUGAUCAAUCCCCUUUUUUAUUUCUUAAUGGGGGACCACUUCAGAGAGAUGUUGAUGAACAAAGUAAGGCAUUUCUUUAAAAGGUUUACAAUUUGCUGUGAAAAUAGCUUUCAGAAAGGGAGCCAUUCAGAAGGUUAAACAACAUUGGCUAAUGGAAACAAUCAUUAUGCUUAUAUAGGGGAUCUGAAAUGCACCUGGGAGUUCAUCAUCAAUACGUGGAUCAUAACCAUCGCUAUAGCAUGCUACAAAGCACUCUGUAUCAUAGACAUAUUUGGGUUUAAUAACAAAGAUAAACACCCUUUUAGUUAUAGAAACAAAGCACAGUUCUCCACCCAAAAUCCCAACAACUCUCAAUUAUCUGCACUAUGCAUCAUGACUGAGAAUUUUUGAAAUGCAACCCAGAAUAUGGAUGUGACAAAAAUUCAUUGCUGUUCUCAAAACACAUGGGAUAUGUGAUUAGCGAUACCUUGACUGAAGUAUUUUUUGAAAAUGCCAGCUGCUCUUCCCAAGAACAGAAAUUUGCAGAUAUUUUAUUUGCAAAAGCAGUGGUGGGGUGGGCAUUUCAAUGGGAAAUUUCCAUGCUCAGGACUUUUUGUAUUGCUUCAAGUAAUAAAUGUAAUAAUGCUUCAAUAA